GAACGCUUGGUGGAGAGACGCUGCCCUUGGGCCCUUGGAUGCUGCGCUCUUACUAAAAUGCUAGUUCCUGCAUUGUUUUAUUUAGUUCAGGAGAAGAAUUGAAGUGAAAAAAGCUGUAAUACUAAACAUAAAAAUGGAUUUGCCACAGCCUCCACCAGAUCCAGAAAGAAGAAACAUAAUUGACAAGCUAGCCCAGUUUGUGGCCAGGAAUGGACCUGACUUUGAAGCCAUGACAAAGGCCAAGCAAAAAGACAACCCAAAGUUCAGCUUUCUGUUUGGAGGAGACUACUUCAAUUACUACCAGUAUAAAGUCACCACUGAGCAAGCCAUUCGCAAACAGCGAGACGUUCGCGGCGGCGGGCCUCAGCCUUCGGAUGGGGGUGCUGGGAUGGACAGCCGCUGGGCACCUCCCGGUCCGCCCGGCCCGCCCGGCCCGCCCGCCGGACAGGGCGGCUACGGGCCGCCCCAGUACCAGCACGGCUACGGCGGCGCGCCGCCCUACGGGGGCCCGCCGCCGCCGCCGCACCAGCACCGCUACGACCAGUACGGCCCGGGUCCGGGCUACGGCCCGCCGCCGGGCGACUACGGCCCCCCGCCCAGCGACUACGGCCCCCCGCCGCCGCAGGCGCCGCCGCCGGCCGCCAUUCCGCCGCACAUACAGCAACAGCAGCAACAACAGCAACAGCAGCAGCAGCAGCAGCAGCAGGCUCCGGCGCCGGCGCCGGCGGCCACUGGCGCAAACGCGGAGAGCAUCACCCAGCAGCUGCAGCAUCUGACGGAUCAGAUCACCCAGUCAGAGCAGAACCUGAGCGCCCAGCAACAGGUGCUGAUGCAGCAGCAGAGCCAGCAGUCGGAUGACGCCAUCCGGCGGGCCCAGGAUGAGCAGGUAAUGGAGCUGGCCAGAGAGACGGGCAUCUCGCCCGAGGAGUUUGACCAGGUGCUCGAGCCCAUCAUCAGCUCCUGCACCAAGGACGGCAUCUCGCACGGCAAGCAGUGGAUCUUCGCCAAGGCCCAGUCGGACCGGCACAGCCUGUUCCUGGCGCGCUACCUGCUGAGGAGAGUGUUGGCGCCAGGAGUUUCAUUCAACCUGAAGCUGCACAUCAUCUACUUACUAAACGACGUACUCCACCAUUGCGUGCGUAAGAACGUGAACGGUCUGCACCAGUGUCUGGAGUCGGUGGUGGUGCCCAUGUUCUGCAACACCAUGCUGGCAGCGAACCAGGAGCAGAAGGCCAAGCUGAACAAGCUGCUGACACUCUGGGAGUCGAAGGCCAACUAUUUCUCCGAGUCUGCGCUGUCCCAGCUGAAGGAGGCGCCCGCCUCGUGGCAGGCGUACCAGGCCGACCUGGUGGAGCAGCACGCGGCGCCGCUGGCCGCCCUCUCGGCCGCCAGCCAACAGCAGCUGGCCAGCUACAAGCAGCAGCACGAGGCGUUCGUGCAGCACGCGCUGCAGCAGAUCCAGCAGCUGCAGCAGCAGCUCGAGCUGGAGCAGCAGGCGGCCCAGCAGGUGCCGCUGGUGGACCUGAGCAGGCCGCCGCCCGGCUUCAACGACGAGCCGGCGUCGGUGACGGAGGACGACCUGGUGCCGUCGGUGCCCUACUUCGACCUGCCCGCCGGGCUCAUGGUGCCUAUGAUCAAGACGGAGGCUCACACAUACCGCUCUCUGGACCGGCGUCUCGCUCUAACUCCCCCCUUGUGCCUCUCCAGACGGAGGCCCACACGUACCGCUCGCUGGACCCGGCGGCGAUCCGUUUGCCGCCGCCGGCGCCGCCCACCGAGCGCCUGCUGGCCGCCGUGGAGGCUUUCUACGCGCCGUCCAGCCACGACCGGCCGCGCAACAGGAACCUGCGCCCCGAGGACCUGCCCAACAGGAGGGACCGGGACGGCUGGGAGCAGCUGGCGCUCUACGAGUUCUACAAGGCCAAAAAGGCCGCCUGGCGCAAAAAGGAACAGGAGGUGGAGGAGGGCGAGCGCGAGGAGUCGCCGCCGCUCUCCCCGAUCCGCUCGCCCUCGCCGUCUCGCUCGCCGUCGCCCGUUAAGGAGCGCCGAUACUGCAGCGUAUCUCCGGAGCCGGAGGAGCGCAGUCGCCGGCGGCGCCGCAGCCGCUCCGGAUCCGGAUCGCGGUCCGGCUCCGGCUCCGGGUCCCGCUCCCGGAGCCCCUCUCCGUCACGAGACACGGACCGACGCAGCCCGACGCCUCCCAGCUUCGCCGGGUUCGGCAGCACGGCGCCGGCCGUUAACGUCUCCCAGCGACUGGACGAGACCAACAAGGGCCACCAGCUGCUCAAGGCCAUGGGCUGGGGCGGCGCCGGCCUCGGCAGCAAGGAGCAGGGCAUCGCCGAACCCAUCUCGGGCGGGGAGGUGCGGGACAAACAAGACCAGUACAAAGGCAUCGGCGUCAACAUGCACGACCCCUACGAAAACUUCCGCAAGAGCAAGGGCCAGGCGUUCAUCUCUCGGAUGAAGGAGCGCCAGGAGGAGAUGCUGCUACCGGUGCCGCCCAAGCCGAGCUAGCUGCCCUGUGUCCGGGAACGGGACGGCUGCCCGUGCGGUGGACGUGGCUCCGUGAGCCCGCUGUGAUCGAGCCGGCCGUCCCGGUCCCAUGUGGGGAUUUCUGCUGUCCCGUCCUGUGGAGAUGUGCUGGCGAAUUACUGUGACUGGGAGACCCGGGCGUACUGCCGCUCUCAGAUGUUUACGAGCUGUCGCGAGUUUGCACUUUGGCGCGGUGGUCUGAAGUGCAACGAUAAAGUGGCGUGGCCGCCUGCAUUGCUGGUGUGCGAUCACAACGGUCGUGCUGGAUUGGUGUCCAAUGUGUUAAUAUAUCAUCAUCAUCUUGGA